CAGGGUGUGGUAGUCAUGCUAAGAGAGUUACAGAGUUUCAGGCUGUUAGUUACAUGGUAGACUGCAGUUUUGAAGACGGUUUUGCUGAAGUACAGCAGUGUUGUUGUAUAUGUGUAGCUGUCAGAUUGUUCAGUAGGCUGUAGUUUUGAAGAGUGGAUAUAGGAACGGUUCUGUCUACAGCUGUGCUGCCACUGUAUGUAGUCAGGGGGUGCAGGAACAAGAAUGCAGGUCUGGUGUUAUCUGCUGCUUGUGCUGCGUGUUGCUGAAGGCUGCACCCUGGAAGACCACAGAGAGACAGAACAGAUUACUGCAUACACAGGAGGAUCAGUGCUACUGCCUUGUCACUGCACUGACCUGCACACCACACCUGAGAGAUUCAUUUGGGAGAAAUAUAACACAACCAAUCACACAUGGGAAGAGAUAUCCAGUGAGAGUGACCGGUCCACAAACAGCAGAAUUCAGCUGGUUAAUGGUCACUCUCCAGGAAAUCUCUCUCUACUCAUAUCACACCUGACCACAAAGGACGGAGGAAUGUACAGGUGUAAUCUUGAGAUGAAAGAACACAGAUUCGUCUUCCUCACUAUAACAGGAGGUUGCGUUCUGGAAAAGAGAAGUACAUUACACAGUGUCACAGCACAUACAGGACAGUCAGUACUGUUGCCCUGCUACUGCACUGACCUACACACCAAACCUGAGACAUUCGGCUGGAAGAAGUACAACAUGGACAGAAACACAUGGGAAGAGAUAUCCAGUGAGAGUGGUCAGUACGGAAGCAGAGUUCAGCUGGUUAAUGGUCACUCUCCAGGAAAUCUCUCUCUACUCAUAUCACACCUGACUGAAGAGGAUGGAGGACAUUAUCAGUGUAAUGUUAAAGAUGGUGGACACACAUUCAUUAGCCUGUCUCUUAAAGGCUGCAUUCUGGAAAACAGCCGAACAACACUGACUAUAUCAGCACAUACAGGAGGCUCAGUACUACUGCCCUGCUACUGCACUGACCUACACACCACACCUGAGACAUUCAGCUGGAAGAAACACAACACGACCAGAAACACAUGGGAAGAGAUAUCCAGUGAGAGUGGUCAGUACAGAAACAGAGUUCAGCUGGUUAAUGGUCACUCUCCAGGAAACCUCUCUCUACUCAUAUCACACCUGACUGAAGAGGAUGGAGGAGAGUACCAGUGUAACGUUAAAGACAGUGGACACACAUAUUUUAGGCUCACUGUUACAGUCUCUCCACAGUCUCUGCCCUUUGUCCCCUUUGCCGUGGUGACUGUGAUCUUUCUCCACAUUAUAGUAGCUGUGGUCUACUGCACCAAAAGAAACAAAGAUCCUACCAUGGUUCGCUACAGUAAUGCUGAAGAAGAUGGAGCAGUGAGUCUACAGUAGAGAAGAAACA